AUGGUAAUCGCAUCAACACUUCAGUCAAUGGAGAAUGCAGACCAAAACGAAGCGUAUGCGUACGAACUCAUACAAAAAGGAAUAUUGACCAAGGAACAAUUGGCAGACAUUCGCUGGACGUUCCACUUCUUUGACAAAAACGGAGAUGGUUCGAUUUCUUGCGAUGAACUGGAAACAGCAUUGGCCUAUCUGGGACACGAAGUCUCUCAGGUGGAAUUGAAACACAUGAUUGCGCAGGUCGAUGUGAAUGGUGACGGAUCUCUGGAUUUCGGUGAAUUUCUUCGCGCAAUGACCGAACAUCAUUUUCAAACGCCGGAUAUACUGAACUCAAAGCAUGCAAAUGAAGAACUCUACCGUCGAGUGUUUGCAGAGUUCGAUUGCGAUGGCGAUGGAUUCAUUGACGCAAAGGAGUUGGAAAAGACAAUGACGAGCUUGGGAGAGACGCUGAGCCCUGAGGAUAUCAUGGACAUGAUGAGAGAGGCGGAUACAGAUGGUGAUGGAAAAGUCAGUUUCACAGAGUUUCUAAAUGUACUUAAAUAACUAUUGACACUUGGAAUAAUGACAAAAGAAAUCUCCGGGAUUUCGCAAGCAUUUGAGCAGUUUUCAUGACAUCCAAUGCCUCUUUAUCAGGACAGCAUGGUCUUUCAUUCUCCCCUCAAACUCGGAUCUGAAACCAGUUUGUUCAACCGCCUUUGUUCGAAUCUAACGCGUUGGAGUUCGUCAACGUUUUUGUAAAAUGCAACCAUAUUUCAUUCCUUUUAACUGAUUCUCUAUGUGUCCACGUUGCCUUAUUUUA